AAAGCCGGGGCGGGGAGGGGCUAGCGUGAGAGGGAGGACCCUGCAUUCUCCAGUUCUAGCCCACUUGGUGUUGGCCCAAUCAGCCCCUAUCCGGGAAGAAAGAGCCAGGAGCCAAAGGCUUUGCGUUUUCAGCAUCCAGGUAUGCGCUGGCUGCCUUAUGCUGAGCCUCCCUCCCUGGAGCGAGAUGCCUUUUAAGGCAAGGCUGUUGCCGGUUGUCUUCUUUUUUGUUGUGGAGCGUCCUGUUUUGUACCUUAUGGAAAGUACUGCCCUGUGGGAGAGAAGUUGUGAGCUGUGCUCCAGUCAGGAUGAACCCGGCAGCUUAUGCUGAGCUGUUGAAAGAAUCUGGCAACCAGGUAUUUCGGAAUGGGAACUUUUCUUUGGCCAUCAGAAAGUACGAUGAAGCCAUCCAGAUUCUCCUGCAGUUAUACCAUUGGGGGGUCCCUCCUAGGGACUUGGCUGUGCUGCUGUGCAACAAAUCCAAUGCAUUUUACAGUCUUGAGAAAUGGAACGAGGCAUUUGUGGCUGCCAAGGAGUGUCUCCAGUGGGAUCCAACCUACAUAAAGGGAUAUUAUCGUGCUGGUUAUUCCUUGUUGAGGUUGGUCCAGCCUUACGAAGCUGCUCACAUGUUUUUCGAGGGUCUACGCCUCCUGCAAGGCAACCAAGACCAGUCCCAGGUUGCUGAUUUCCUUGUGGGAAUCUUCACUACCAUGGGCAGUGAUCCCUUUGUUUUGCAAAGUUUCUUGCCCUGCUUUGACCGUAUUUUCACAGCUGGAUUCUCAACAGAAGUGUGGCGAUCUGUAAUAGAAAAAUUGUCAAAGAAAGGAUUAUGGCAUUCAUUUCUACUACUGUCAGCAAAAAAGGACCGACUACCAAGAAAUAUCCAUGUCCCAGGCUUAUCACUGAAAAGUCUCUUUGAGAAAUAUGUCUUUAUUGGAUUUUAUGAGAAAAUGGAAGAGGUUCCCAAGUUAGUCCAGUGGCUCAUCUCCCUGGGUGCAAAUAUUGAGACCAUAGGACCGUACCCACUUCAUGCCCUCAUGAGACUCUGCAUCCAAGCGAAGGAAAACCAACUUUUCAGGUGGCUGAUGGACCAUAGACCUGAGUGGAAAGGCCGCAUCAACCAGAAGGAUGAGGAUGGCUGCACGGUCCUGCACGUGGUGGCCGCCCACUCCCCAGGGUACCUUACCAAGCGACAAACAGAGGAUGUGCAGAUGCUCCUGCGCUACGGGGCAGACCCCACCCUGGUAGAUCGGCAGUCCCGGUCCGUCGUGGACAUCCUGAAGAGGAAUAAGAACUUCAGAGCCAUUGACAAAAUCAACAGUCACUUGGAAAAGCUGGCUGCGUGUUCUAAGGACGUAUCAGGACUAAGCAAUCGUGACGGACCCUCAAACGAAAGCGACAUCUUCCGGAGAACCUUGGAGCAGCUGGUGAAGUACAUGAACUCUGGAAAUGGGAUAUCGCUUAAAAACUUUCUGAAGCAAGAUGUCGUUCAGAGGUUCUUACGCCUCCUUUCUUCUAUGCAAGAAAUUCCUCCUGACCUGGUUUGGGACAUUAAUGGAAACUAUGCCAAAGCCUGCAUCAAAUUUUUACUGGAAAAGCAGAAGUGGCCAGAAGUGCUCCUGUUGCUGACCCGCAAAGUGAGCGGGGAGCCCCCGCUAGGAGAGGGCUUCAUUCCAGACUGCAGCUUCUCAGACUUCGACCUCUGUGGCUUCAUCCCCCACCUCAUUGCCUGGGACCAGCGGAGGAUCCUGCUACUGGGCCUCCUGAUAGACAGCGGAGUCUUGCCCCAGGGUCUUGGGGCGAACCAGAAGAGACCGAUCACCGUGUGCCUACAGCAUGAGGACUUCGAGUUGGCUUUUCUACUCUUGACUAAGAAUGCAGACCCCCAUGGUAUUUCUCUCAGGGAAGGGGAUACUCCUUUGCAUGCUGCACUCCACAUCUAUUUAGAAGACAAAGCUGACAUCGGCUUAGACUUCCUCAGCCACCUGUUGGAUCUCUACUUGUCCGACCCCAAGGAAUUUCACUACCUCAACCCCAACAUCCAGGACAGCAAUGGGAACACGCUGAUGCACAUCCUCUUCCAGAAGGGCAUGCUGAAGCGCGUGAAGAAGCUGCUAGGGCUACUGGCGAGGUUUGACAUCAACUUAAACCUGAAGAACAGGGAAGGUAAAGAUGCACGGCACCGGGUUAAGAAGACUGACGCUCUGCUCCUGGCCUGGAACAAAGCUGUGGUAGAGAACAAACGCAGGAGCCGGCAGGAUGCCUCUGCCCACUCAGGGAAGCUCCCGAGGUCCACCACCCCUGGCCGCACACCUCAGCUCAAGUCCCAAGGUUUACUCAAGUCGUCACCAUGCAAUGCCCCUGCCAAAUCCCAGCCCAAAGGAGCUGUAGUCCCAGAGAGCUGGGAGACUCUCCCCAAUGCCCAGGGGACGAGGCAGGAGCCUGGUGAUGUCGGGCCCUGCUCUCUGAGAGACCGUCUUAUACAGGACAUCACAGGUCUGAUGCAGCGUCUUGAAUUGGAUGGGUCCCUCCCAGAGAACUGUCCUCUGGGCUCCCAGCCUCUGGAGGCAGGGGCUGGCAUGGAAGUAGAGAAAGACAGGCUCCAGGGAACCCUGAGGGCGGGGGGCCCUGGCUGUAGUGGGAGCAGCCCUGCCGUCCUUGAGGCAGAGGAAGGACAUGCUCAGGCAGGCCUUGGGGCCUCACGGCUUGUUCCUGAGGGUCACAGAGGGAUGGAGAACUGCCAGGGCCAGGAUGACCAGAGCACACAGGAGACCGAGGCCUGCCUCCAGGACUUCGAUAACAUGACAUGGGAGAUUGAGUGCACUUCAGAAAUUCUCAAGAAACUGUCCAGUAAGGUAAUGCCUAAGGUGAUGAAGAAGAAAAUCAUCCUGGCCAUCCAGCAGCUGGGGAAUGGUGAGUGGACCCAGGGUCUGCAGAAGCGACUCAAGAAACUGGAAGGAAACAUCCAUCUCUUUGAGGCCAAGCUGGACAAAGGAGCCCGGAUGCUGUGGGAGCUGGCCAUCGACUUCUCUCCUAGAUGCAGCGAGAACCCAGACAAGAUCAUCACCAUGGAGAGGAACUCACAUUCCACAGAGAAAUCAGGACGGGUGUACACGGAAAUCAUUCGGAUCUGGGACAUUGUCUUAGAUCACAAAAAACUGAAUGGCUCCAUCAGGGCCAUCUGUAGUGCCUACAACCGGGGCUUGUCCUGCAUCCUGCGGAAGAAGCUGAAGGGUAUCAACAAAGGCCCGGUGUUGGCCAGCAUGAAGACUCAAAGGCGGAUACCCCGCUGCUACGUGGAAGACACGGAGGCAGAAAGGAGCAGGGAGCAGGUGGAACCGGAGUAUUUCCCCCCCGCCAGCGCAGUGGAGACAGAGUACAACAUCAUGAAGUUCCACAGCUUCAGCACCAACAUGGCCUUCAACAUCCUCAACGACAUGACCACAACGGUGGAGUACCCCUUCCGGGUGGGUGAGCUGGAGUACUCAGUGAUCAACCUCAACCCCAAGCCGCUGGAGCCCAUCAUCCUCAUUGGCCGGAGUGGCACUGGGAAGACGACUUGCUGCUUGUACAGGCUGUGGAAGAAAUUCCACAAUUACUGGGAAAAAGCUGAGCAGGCGGGAAGCCCGCUGCUGGCCAAACAGCUCUGGUUGAAGAGAAGAUUGGAAAUGGAACCCAGAAAGGAGGAUCCAGGUGGUGAGGAAGAGGAGGGAGCUGAACCUGAGGAACUAGAAGGUUCCAUCGAAGUGGAAACAGGCGACAGCUCAGAUGAGGAGGAGGCAUGCGAAGACUGUGCAGGGGGAGCCAGCGCGGACUCAGUAGGCCAUGGCCAGGCAGAGGAGGGAUGCGCUGCCCAGAGCCCCCAGCAGCUGGAGCAUUUACAUCAGAUCUUCGUGACCAAAAACCACGUCCUGUGCCAGGAGGUGCAGAGGAAUUUCGUUGAGCUUUCCAAGUCCACCAAGGCCACCAGUCACUACAGGCCCUUGGAGCCCAAUGUUCACAGACUCCAGGACCUGAGGGACGAGAACUUUCCUCUCUUUGUCACUUCCAAGCAGCUGCUGCUGCUCCUGGAUGCCUCACUGCCCAAUCCGUUUUUCCUGAGGAACGAAGAUGGCAGCUUGAAAAGAACCAUCGUGGGGUGGUCCAUGCAGGAGGAGCCGACCAUCCCCAAUUGGCAGGAGGAGGGUGAGGAGGGAGAGGCGCAAGGGGACUAUGCUGAGGAGGAUAAAGCUGCGGCACCUCUGGCGGGCGAGUGUGACCCCCGGGUGUACAUAACAUUUGAGGUGUUCGCCAAUGAAAUAUGGCCCAGAAUGAACAAAGGGAAGACUUCCUACAACCCUGCACUGAUUUGGAAAGAAAUAAAAUCUUUUCUGAAGGGGUCUUUUGAGGCCCUCAGCAGCCCCCAAGGGAGGCUCACAGAAGAAGCCUAUAAGAAUUUGGGGAGGAAGCGGUGCCCCAAUUUCAAGGAAGACCGCAGUGAGAUCUAUAGCCUCUUCUGCCUGUAUCAGCAGAUCAGGUCUCAGAAAGGUUAUUUUGAUGAAGAGGAUGUUCUCUACAACCUCUCCCAGAGGCUCUCAAAGGUCAAGGCCCUCCCGUGGUCCAUCCAUGAGCUCUAUGGUGAUGAGAUCCAGGACUUCACCCAAGCCGAACUGGCGCUGCUGAUGAAAUGCAUCAAUGACCCCAACGCCAUGUUCCUCACCGGGGACACGGCCCAGAGCAUCAUGAAGGGUGUGGCCUUCCGCUUCAGCGAUCUGCGCUCCCUGUUCCACUAUGCCAGCAAGAGCUCCGCCAACAAGCAGUGUGCUGUCCGCAAGCCCAAGAAGAUCCAUCAGCUCUACCAGAAUUACCGGUCACACUCUGGAAUUCUCAAACUGGCAUCUGGAGUAGUGGACUUACUCCAGUUCUAUUUUCCGGAAUCUUUUGAUCGUCUUCCAAGAGAUGCUGGCCUUUUUGAUGGUCCCAAACCAACUGUCCUGGAGUCUUGUAGUGUAAGCGACUUGGCAAUUUUGCUACGGGGGAACAAAAGGAAAACCCAGCCCAUUGAAUUUGGAGCCCACCAGGUUAUUCUUGUAGCCAAUGAAAUUGCAAAGGAGAAAAUUCCGGAAGAGCUGGGCUUAGCACUUGUGCUAACAGUUUAUGAAGCAAAAGGCUUAGAAUUUGAUGAUGUUCUCCUUUACAACUUCUUUACUGAUUCUGAGGCUUACAAGGAAUGGAAGAUCAUUUCUUCCUUUACCCCUUCAUCAUCUGACUCCAGAGAUGGAAACCAGCCAUUGAUCCAAGUGCCCCUGGAGAAACCCAGCUCUGCUCAGGGCCGGCCCCUCGUGGUAAAUCCGGAAAUGUACAAGCUCCUCAACGGGGAGCUGAAACAGCUGUACACGGCCAUUACACGGGCUCGGGUCAACCUCUGGAUCUUUGAUGAGAAUCGAGAGAAGCGAGCUCCUGCUUUCAAAUAUUUCACUCAAAGAGAUUUUGUUCAGGUCGUGAAGACAGAUGAAAAUAAAGACUUGGAUGACAGCAUGUUUGUGAAGACCUCGACCCCAGAGGAGUGGAUCGCGCAAGGAGAAUACUAUGCCAAACACCAGUGCUGGAAGGUUGCAGCUAAAUGUUACCAAAAAGGAGGUGCCUAUGAGAAGGAGAAACUGGCGCUGGCCCACAACACUGCCCUGAACAUGAAAUCCAAGAAAGUCAGCCCCAGGGAAAAGCAGCUGGAGUAUUUGGAACUGGCUAAGACCUACUUAGAGUGCAGAGAGCCACAGCUGUCCCUGAAGUGUCUGAGCUACGCCAAGGAGUUCCAGCUCUCUGCCCAGCUGUGUGAGAGGCUGGGGAAGAUAAGAGAUGCUGCCAAUUUCUACAAACGAAGUCAGUGCUACAAAGAUGCAUUCAGAUGCUUUGAGCAGAUUCAGGAAUUUGAUCUAGCACUCAACAUGUACUGCCAAGAGGAGCUUUUUGAAGAAGCUGCAAUUGCGGUGGAGAAGUACGAAGAAAUGCUAAGGACCAAGACGCUCCCCAUGUCCAAGCUCUCAUAUUCUGCCAGUCAGUUUUACUUGGAAGCCGCAGCCAAGUACCUGAGUACAAACAAAAUCAAGGAGAUGAUGGCUGUCCUCUCUAAGCUUGACAUAGAAGACCAGCUGGUGUUCCUCAACUCUAGGAAACGUCUAACAGAAGCCGCAGACCUGCUGAAAAGGGAAGGUCGGAGAGAGGAGGCUGCUUUGCUGAUGAAGCAACACGGCUGCCUCUUGGAGGCCGCCAAGCUCACCACCAACAAGGACUUCCAAGCCUCGUGUCUGCUGGAGGCCGCCCGUGUCAAUAUGGCCAAGGGUGUGGAUGUGGAGAAUACCGAAGCCAUUCUGACAGAAGCCCUGGAGCUCUGCUGUCAAACCAAUCAGCAGUCUGGCAUCGCUGAGGCCCUCUUCCUGCUGGGAGUAAUCCUGAGAGACUUUCAGAAGCUCAAGGACGCCUUCCUCAAGUUCGACAGGCUCAACCACUCAGCGGGAGUGGUGGAAGCUCUCUACCAAGCUGCCAGCCAAUGUGAGGCUGAGUCUGAGAAGGUCCUGGCCUUGGCUCCGGGGGGCUUGGAGGUUCUCCUCAAUCUGGUAAGGGCCCUCAAAUGCGUGAAUAACAAUGCUGAGAAGGAAAUGGUCAAGUCCUGCUUUGAGUUUUUUGGGAUUUCUCAGGUGGAUGCCAAGUAUUGCCAGAUAGCUCAGAAUGACUCCAUAUUAAGAAUAAAAUUUGACCUGGAUUUGAACUUGAGCGAGAAGAAAACCAAAGACCAUUACAUGAUAAUGACUGACCAAGUGAAAUUAGCCCUAAACAAACACCUUUUGAGCAGGCUCUGUCAGAUCACACAGAGCCUACUUGGAAAGACCUACCCCGGAAUCUGCAUGAGGUUUAUUGUUGGCUUAAAAUGUAGGAAUGAGAACUGUGAAGAUUUUCACAGGCCUUUGCUGCGUUGUGAGGUCAAGCAUCUGGUCCAGUCCAAAAUGCACCUGGUGGCAAUCAAUGGGCUGCUUUUGGAAGCCAAAAGAGUAUUCCCUAAAAUCUUAGCUGAAGAACUUAAAGAAAUCGAUUAUAUUUUGUCUGUGGAUAUGUUUGGCCUUUGCAAAUCCUUCCUGAACGUCCUCUUCCCUAAGCAUUUUCAUCAGAGAAUAUUGUCAGAAAACCCCAUGGCCUGCAAGGAAAUCCUCAAGCCCAGUCACAAGUCCUUCCGAUCCUACAGGGCGGCUCUAAAAGGAUACAUCCACUUCCUGUUUCAAAAUGAAAGGGCUCGCAACCGCAGGGAGUCUACAGACCUGUGGCUGAGUGCCAUGCAGGCUUUCCUCCUGUCCUCCAGCUACCCCGAGGAGUUUGAAAAGCUGCUCCACCGAGAGGAGGACGACUUUAACAGGGAGCUCAAAGCCCUGGAGUCUGAAAAAGAGGAAACAGGCCGGGGGAGAGGCAGCAGGAUGAAAGGCAUCGAAGGGAAGUUUGGCAUGCUGGUGCCCAGCAGGGAAGACGAGAGCGCCGUGAAGACCCACCUGUGCUUCAUCCGGCUGCUGGAGAGUUGUAUCAACCAAUUCUAUGUGUACAGGAACCCAGAAAACUACAAGAGGCUCUUUUUCCGUUUCAUGAAUGUCCUCGUGAAGCGGUGCAAAGAACCGCUCAUCCCCAGCAUUGGCAACACCGUUGCCCUGUUGGAGCUCCAGUUUGUCCACUGUGGGAUGGUCCUGGCCCGCCUCUGCAAGAAUGCCAUCCUGUGCCUGCCCAAGAGCUACAUUUCGCUCUUGCACUACUGGGAGUUCCUGCUUAGCAAGAAGGACAGGCAGCUUGGGGAUGUGUUUGCCAUCAUUCAGGAAUAUAAACCUAGGGACCUGUCCAGAGCCAUUCAGAAUUUCCAGUUCCACCUCUCCUACCUCGUCAAGGUGCUCUGUGGCCACGAGAAUGUGCACUUCAAUGUCCUGCUCGAUGCCUUCAGUGAAAUAGACUAUGUGGUCUCAGGUGAGGCAGAGCGGACACUGGUGCUAUGCUUGGUGAUGCUGGUGAACACCAAGGGGGUUCUGCAGUCAUCCUGCAAGCCCUUUCUGUGCUGUCACUUUGAGGAGAUCGGGGCCAGGCUGCAGCAGAUGAGCACAGAAUGGCCAGAUCAGGUUCCGGAGAGGCUGCUGAAAGUGGUGAAGCGGGUGUUGAUGGCGGUCGAUGUGAAGACCGUGGCUGAGGCUCUGCAGGACCUGCUCCUUGAGCGGGAUGAAGAAUACCUGCUGGACUGCCACUGGCGGUGGGACAGCGUGCACGCCAAAGGGCCCAUGAUCCGUGGCCUCUAUCAUGAGGAAGUCAAACUAAACCGCCUGCUCUGCGUGGGCUCUGUGGACUAUUGGGCUGAACCAGAGUGUGAGUUUGGCCAGGGCGAGACAGAUGAGCUGGCACUGGAAGGCCAAGACACCCUGAUUGCCGACAUCGCCUCCCAGGUGCAGCGGAAAGCUUCCCUGUGGCGGAAGCUGAGACGGGUGUACCUGGUGGUGUCCCUGUGCAUCAGCUGGAGGAGAAGGGUGAACGCCCAGAUGGAGCACUUCAGGGAGGAGAGCAGGGAGCCCGGGGCUGGGAACUUCAAAAAGGCCGACGUGGACCGGACACAGUGUGACCUGUGCGGGGUGAAGUUCACCCGCAGUCCCGAGAGCUAUUUCAGCCCCGAUACAGACUUUGACGGAGCAAUGUCAGAGGCGGUGGCUCUUUCCAGUGCCCAGCCAGUGGACAAGGAAGGUCAGGAGGGGAGUAGUGAGUCUUUCGAGCAGCAUAUCCUCCUGGUAGGUCACCAUUGGCAGCAGGCGGCCUACCAGAAAUACUUCAGGUUUUUCUGUGACACAGUGGACCCGGCCUUGGAGGAAGGCAAGCUGGUGGUAGAGGACAUCGAGCAGAGUGUGUGGCUCCACAGUCACCCGGGCAGCAAGGAACACAGCCGCGUGCUGCAGAGGAAGGUGCAGGAGAACAUCAAGAAGGUUUUGGACAAGGUGGACCAUGUCUACAGGCAGAAGGCCUGGGCUGAUGCUGUGAUGCUCAUGACUGGGCUGAUCGACAUUCUAAUUCCAUCCAUCAGAGAUGCCCAGGAGUGGCUGAGGAAAGCAAAGCUCCACCUGAAGGAGGAUGGUAUCGUCCAGGAAGAUGAUUACGAAAAUGAUGUUGAGGACUUCCGUGAACUCUGUCCUAGAAAACGUCGGCAGAAACGUGGCAACCAGAGAAAAUAACAUCCCCACAGCUGCUGCCUCCUAAACCUUCAGAACAUUCCAUUCUGACGCAGAAUUGUGAGCUCUUAGGCAGAAGAGAUAAAGAACGUCCAUUGGCUUUAGAAAGUAGGGGAGUCUAACAACCCCUUUGCUUUUCGAUCUUGCUAUUUCUCUUUCAAUGGUGGCUUUGGGUCCAAUUGCUCCCACACCCGCUGGGACCUCUUAAUAGUUUUCAUUUUAAAGUGUUUGCGCCAGGAAAUCCCUUUGUGGAUUCCUCAUCUCCUUUCCCACUGCUGCAGUGCUGAGUAGUACAGAGCCGUGUGUGUCUUGGGUCCAUGGGGACCCCACUGCCGGCCACCCCUGCCCCAGGCCACACUCUGGUCAUCUCCGAGCUUGCUUGUUGUGUAGUCCCUUCCGCUAUCCAUGUUAGCCUUUCUUCUCUGAGUCACUUUUCUGCUGUCCACCCCACCCAGUUUUUGUGACCAUUCUCAGCGACCUGUGCAAGUCAGGGUUAGGCUACCUUAGCCUGUAGUCAGGAAUUACCCCCAGGGUCCUGCAGGCGUCCAGCCUCAGAACUUCACCCAGAAGGAAAGGCUGGGGAGUGUUGCUGGGGGACCCCAGCCUGCCUCUCCAAGGUGGUCUGCUUUGGCAUUGGUGCAGACAUUCCACAAAGUGUGUGUAGCCCUCUUGUCUGGUUUCCUUGGUUCUCCCCGGCAAGUUUGCCCUCCUGGCUUAGGUCGACAUUAUGAUGAGUUUCCACCCACUGAGCUACAGGUUAGGGACAUGUGGACAUAGGAAACCAGCCUUCCCAUGUCAACCUAUAGGGAUUUGGCUGUGAUCACUGCCCGGUGGCUGGUAGGCCCUGUCAGAGGAGGGUGAGGAGGGUGUGGGCCUGUUUGCUGCAGGACAUGGCUUUCUCCCACCCUGUUGAUCCAGUAGACAUCAGGAUGAUUCCAUUUAGGAAGGCUUCCCGCCUCCCUCGUGGGCACUUACCCUUUCCCAGCCCUCAGCUCAGCCUGGUGUGAAAGGCCAGGUCCUUAUGGGUCUUUCAUUGUUUUGUUAUCACAACAGAACCAACCUUUCUCCUCUUGUAGCUGGUGCUUUUGCUGCUCAUUGUUUUCUGUUUAUUAUCUUUCUAAAUGACUGUUUCCUUUAGGUGUUUACGUGUCUAAUUUUUAUUAGGUUAUGUUUCCAGUUUUUAUUCCAGGUGUUUUUUAUAACUUUUACUUGCCCAAAAAAAAAAAAAAAAAAAAAAAAAAAACCCACAAAAAAAAAACCCCAAAACAGAGCCUCAUCAAAUCUUCCUGUAUUACCACAUUUUUAUAAAGUAAAACCAUUUCUCUUACUGUAACUGUCCACGUGUUUAUUUCCAACCUUCACUUGGAGAGUGAAAGGUACAUCUUGGAGCUGGUUCUUCCUGGUCAGCUAGUUGACCCAGACUCACAGCAGCUGUGCCUCUGACAUGAAGAAACCCAGCGACAGAGCAGUAAAACUCAGCCCAGGGACUUGCAGCUGGUUGCAGGGUCUUUUGAGGCCCUCCUUAGGCAGAUUCUUUCCCAUUUGGUUGCUCCCAAGCUGCAGGCUGUGGCCUGUCAGGAGUUUUGUCCUUGCCUCUGUGAGGGCUUUCCUCACCUAGAACAUUGCUUUGGGAGCCAGGGCACCUGCAGUGGAACCCCUGUUCUGGCUCUGGUGGGUCGGAUUCUUCAGCGCUCCCUGAGCGCCUAAUUGUGUCUCCUCGCUGCUGAGCCCAGGAUCCCAUGCGGAGAGAGAUGUGCGUGGCUUUGGGUAGCAGCAGCACUUCCCUAAUGCCCUAGAUCUCAGCUUCCCCUUGGGAAGUUGAGUGGUUCAAGACCCUCCGCCUGCCUUGGCCCACAGCGGCUCUGCGGGCUGGCACUGUGGGUUUGAACACCCCAGGUCUUGGUUCUGUGAUCUCAGCGUGUUGAGCAGCAGGGAAACCAAGUUUUAUGGAGCAGCGUGUCCGAUCCUACACGUCGAGGUCCAGGAAGCUCAGAACAGAACAGAAGAUCCGUCUUCUGUGUCAGCAGCACCAGUCGGACCUCCUGGAGAGAACUACUCCCAAGAAACUGUCUUCUCAGCGCGCCCAGUUUCCUAGAGGUGGGUGUGGCGGUUCUGGGGAGGGAGUGGA